AUGGCACUCAAGCAAAAACUCAAGUCUCUGAUGGGAGGCAAACAAGACAGUCUGCAGUCUCCGUUGGAGGAAACUACAUCAGACUUUCUCACAGUUGGGGCAGCAGUCAUGAAGAACAAGAUUGAAAAGAAGCCUGUAAACCCUCAUGAAGAACAGGAAAUCAUUGAUGGUAUAGAGGAUAAAUACUACAACAAUGAAUCCUUCGAUACCAGUUUGUAUGAACUACAGAAACUGCCUGAGGUUCUGGACCUUGAGAAGAUUGCAGAGGAUGCUGCCAAACUUAAGACACAGUUACAGGCUGUAUCCAAACGUGUGUCAGAACUGAUUCUACAAAAUCACCCGGCUUACGCUGCUGAACUCCAACGUGUCAUGGAUCUUCAGCGGACAUUAAGAUCUGCAGGAGCUGUAUGUCAGAAUGGAAGAAGGCAGCUGGCUCACGCAAGGGAGAGCUUUACCAUCGCCAGCCUGGGACUACUUGCCAACUACCGCAAACGACAGCAGCUAAUUGGUUUAUUGAAAUCAUUGCGCACAAUCAAAACUCUACAACGAACAGACCUCAGACUUCGAGAGAUCAUGGAGGAAGAGGACUAUUGUGGAGCGAUUCAGCUGUGCCUGGAGUGUCAGAAAGCAGCAAGCACGUUUAGACAUUACAAGUGUAUCAGCGAGUUGAGCUCCAAGCUGCAAGACACAUUGGAGAUGAUCGAGGAGCAGCUGGACGUGGCACUGUCCAAGACUUGUGCUGGCUUUGAUGAAGCUUAUUACCAGAAGGUGCAGCGAGCCUACAGACAGCUUGGCAAAACUCAGUAUAUGGUUUUUUUUGGGGCCAACUUGCAGAAACGACAGUAUGCAGAUUUGUGCAAAAACAUCACCAUUGAGGCAUUCACUCCAUGUUUGGUAGAUCUGUGCAAGGCAUUGUGGGAAAUCAUGAAAAGUUACUACAAAACGAUAAAGUGGCACGAAGCACAUGACCAAGAGAGUGCCAACUCUGAAUCAGAAGACGCCAGUGACAACAUAGAAGCAAGUUUUAACCGUCGCUAUGUGAAUCAAAAGUUGGAAUACGGCAGAGGUCGCAUCUGGCAGGACGUGCAGCAGAAAGUGAAGAUGUUUGUGCUGGCUACAGACCUCAGUGGGUUCAAACUGGAUGAUUUUAUCCAUGUGUUGGAUAUCAUUAACAGAAUGAUAGAGAUCGGAGAAGAGUUCUGUGGAAGCAAAUCAGAAGCCCUCCAGGAUUCCCUGAAGCAGCAGAGCUUAAAUUAUUUUAAGACACAUCACCAGAGCAGACUGGACGAGCUUCGGAUGUUCCUAGAACAUGAGGCCUGGGAGCUGUGCCCUGUGAAGUCCAACUUUAACAUUUUACAGCUCAUGGAUCAUGAGGAUGGCUACGGAGACUCCGACAGUGAUUCCGAUGUCCCAGACGAAUUGAAGAAAGACUAUAUUGAUGAACUCACAGGGGAAGCUCACUCUUACAAACUUGGCAGAAAGCGUUCCACUGCUCGGAGCAGCAGGUCUCACAGGCAAAAUCCUCUCAUCACAAACACCACACUUAAUGUCCUCAGAGUAAUGGGAAAAUACCUACAGAUGAUAUCAUUCCUGAAGCCAAUAGCCUUUGAUGUCAUAAGCUGUAUGUCACAGCUCUUUGACUACUACCUCUUCACGAUUUAUUCAUUCUUCGGAUCAGAUUCACCAUCAUCCAACGACAGGACAGUGAACACAAGACUAUAUACAACUCUGCAGAGAAUCCUGGACAACUUGAUCGCUACUCCUGCGGCUGACAAGGUUCCAGCAGCCACCAUGUCCCCAUUAAUUAACCUGAAUUCCUCUUCUACGCUGUAUGGUCUAGCUGAAAGAGUGGUGGCCACAGAGUCCUUAAUGUUUUUGGCCAAGCAGCUUGAAUAUCUACAUCCAUACCUGGAGGAACUCAUCCCUAGCAACAAGAAAGCAUUCUUAAACCAGUUCUAUUCUCAGAGCUUCAUGGAGUUUCAUAAAAAGCUGCUGGAGCUAGACAAAAGAGUUCCUCUGCCGAAAGCUGUCACCAACUUGAUCUGGGAGCAGUGUAUUCGUCACGCAAAUCGGAUGUUUGUUGAAGGGUAUGCUAGUUCUAAGAAGUGCAGCAACGAAGGAAGAGCUCUUAUGCAGUUGGACUUCCAACAGUUUCUGACUAAAGUUGAUCAGAUUGCGGAGAUCAGGCCAAUUCCAGAAAGAGAAUACGUGGAGGCUUAUAUCAAGGCCUAUUACCUGCCUGAACAUGAGCUGGAAAGUUGGGUGCAUGAUCACAAGGAAUAUUCAAACAAGCAGCUUCUGGCAUUAGUGAGUUCCGUUGGCCACCUCGGCCGCAAGUCUCGACAAAAACUCAUUAGCAUGGUCGAAGAAAUGGAUAAAGGAAGGAGGUCUUGA